AUGUCACAGAUUGAAUCGGCGGUGCCGACGAAGCUCGACCUCGUUGGCCAACACCUGAAUGGACACAAACUGAGGGUAGCCGGAAAAGUCCUAUGCUACGAUCCAACUUCAGCACUGUUGCUCCUCGUCGACAAAGAAACGGCACUGUUAAUUGACGUUGCGUUGUGUGUUGACCGUUGGUCUGGCCCAUGGCUUCGGGAGCGUCUUGCCACUGCAAUAAUAAUAGGACAUCUCGAAACAUUGGAGAAAGAACUGCCCAUUCCAACACUUCCUGCGUUUGCCCCUGCCCCUUCUGUUGAUCCUCAGGUUGUUCUUCGUGCAGUUCUUGUGGUACACGCCCCAGAGCUGGAUCUAGCCCUUUGGAACGAUUCCAUGGACAGUGGCGACGAUGCUCUCGUCACUUCUACUCAUCAUCAUCCUAGCUAG